AUGAUCAUAUACCUGCCUAACUACAUGUUUGUUCACAGUAGAGUCAGACCGAGUGAAAACGAGUCCACAAAACAUCUGAAGGAAGCUCGCGCCGCUCUCAUGGAUGGGUUCAUGAUCCUGGUUUUGCUUCUGUUUGAAGGAGCUGCUGGUCUUAUUAAUGUCACAGUGGAACCAGGACAGGAUGUCAUCCUGAACUGUCAUGUCAGCAGAACAUCAGACGUCAGAGCGGUGGAGUGGAUCAAACAGGGCGAGCCGUCAAAGAACAUCCUGUUUUACUCCGAUGACCGCUUCGAUCCCGAAGACCAACACGCGUCCUUCAGUGGCAGAGUGAACCUGGCCGACCUGGAGCUGAAGGACGGAGACGUGUCUCUGAUUCUGAAGAACGUGAGCGCUGAAGACAACGGGAGGUACGAGUGUUUGGUCGCUACAGGUGGUGCGAGGCGUACAAAGAGAUCGGUCAUCAAAGGACCGCCGGUGGAGGUCUUCCAGCUGGUGGUUAAAGGUUCACAGAAUGAGAACUCCAUCAAUGAGAACUCCAUCAAUGAGAACUCCAUCAAUGAGAACUCCAUCAAUGAGAACUCCAUCAAUGAGGUCAUGACCCGCCUUGUGUUCGUUGGAGGAGCAGCAGCUGUUUCUCUGCUUCUUCUGACUGUUGGAGGACUCGUGGUCAAUAAAAGACGUCUGCAAAAGAAGAACCCAGUUAACGAAGUAGAGGUCGAACCUCUCAGCGUUCACGUCCCAGAACCCUCUGAGUCUGUCAACACAUAGCUCCUCAUCAUGGUUCCUGUAAGAACCCCAAACAAUCAGCGUCAUCAAGAAUCCCACUGCUCUUCUCUGAGAGACCCGGUCUGUAUAAGGUUAUUUAUUGAUGAACCUGAUAUUUCACCAGAUAAGUCAAUUAAGA